GGCUGAUCAUAAUUUGCUCAAAGCUCAGCACUGCUGUCAAGUCUAUAUCCCAUAGUCGCGAGGGCUCUGAACAGCUUUGAUUUGUACAUCUGGUAAAAGAGGUUAUGAAAAAGUCGUCUAUAUUUCAAAAGUUGAGGUCUUAUUAUCUUAAGAGCCCAUGGCACUCGACUACUGGAUUUUUCGUUCGUCUAAAUAGUCGUGGGUUGGGAGUCUUCAGAAACUUAUCCAACCUUCCAUAUUUGUAUUUCGAACAAAGUGAUGUCGUUUUACGUUCAUCGAUCAAAUGCACAGGAAACCCAUACUUCUUGAGUAUCCUUCGUAUGCCUUUGCCACUGAUCGGCUCGUGGAACUUGAUAUUGGCAGCAGAUCAGUCACCCAUAACAAGGACAGAGUCCUUUCCAAAUUUCUCCCGCAGCGUUUUUGCAAGUCGAAAGUUACUACAUCCAAAGCGCAGUACAACAGACAAGAAUGGUUAUAUCAAUUUAAAAAAUGUGAAUGGAGCUUUUGUUUGCGUGAACCCAUCCUGUCCGUCAGUAAAAGCAGGUCAAAACACUCAUGCCAGAGACAAUCUGAAUGCUGUUGCUAUUGGCUUAUCUGGGAUGGCAACUUUACUACUUGGAAAAACAUUUCCUCAAUUCAACAGAAAUAUCAGUCCAUCACAGACUGAUCAGUUCAACCAACUUGCUGCCGCUUUCUGUACAGGAAACGCUGUUAAGCCUAUUACAGCUGGUUAUAAUACCUAA